AUGUGGAUGGUCGUCUACUAUCCUGAUUCCAACCGCUAUUGCGUUCUCGAACGCACCCAGAUCGCCGAAAACGAAAUCGUAGUCGGUAGCUGUGUUACGGUUGUGAAUAGUGCGCAAGUACUAUUCAUUAACUCCAGUAAAACUGUCUGCGAUAAAGAAUGUGAUAACAUUCGAAAAAAGUCUGCACCUUCAGAAAAAACUGGUUGUGAUUCUACGCCAGAUAUUCCCAGUUCUUCAAAUGACUCAAAAAUAGAUGCCAUACUCUCGUACAUGUCACGAAUUGACUCAAAUCUUCGAGAAGUUUCUACGAGGCAGAAAGAAAUGCAACAGAAUGUUGAGUUCAUUAAAACUAAGAUAGAACAUUUGGAGCAGUCUGAAAAAUCCUUAAAGGUUGUUGUCCAGGAGUUAUUGCUCCAUGUCCUAGCACCUUCCGAAGUUUCUACAGCCUUAACCUAUCCGUAUAAUCUCACAAAAGAAAAGGUGGAUGAUAUAUACCAGGCGAAACGUUCUGCAACAGCAUUCGCUCGUGCAGUGGAAAGGGAACUUUUUAUCCAUGAUGAUGACAAGGAUACAAAUCUGGAUAAACGCAAUGCUCAAGAGAAGGUGCGCUGGCUACGUGAAUUAAUUCGAUGCCGUUACCCGAGUUCAACGCCUACCGCCGAAGCAUCACUUUGGUCUGCUUGUCAAAUAGCAAUCAAUGAUUAUCACCGUAAGAAACGAAAACGAGACGGACCUUGCGCCGAUUCUGCAAGAGAAACACGUAGCCAAAAUGGUUUUUGUCCGGACGAAUGUAGACCAAGUGCAAAACGUGCGCAUAUGUUCGAGAUUUCAUCUGACGAGGAGGUAUAA